AGCCUUCAAUUUUUCGUGGGGAACAAUCCAGGAAAAAGAACUCAGCGCCAUGGGUUGGGUCUGGAGAGACGAAUCAUCCGCGACAGACGGCGACGAUUUCAUCGGUGGUUCGGCCGGGGACGGCCAAUGCUCCACCUCCAAGGUGGUGAGGUCUCAAUGCAAGACGGAGGAGGUCGAGCCUGGGAGAUUCGUCAAGAAGUGCGAGAGAACGGAAGAGGUCCUCCGCCACUGUCUUGGGAUGCCUCCUGAAGUUAUUCACUCCAACAAAGAGUAUACAGAAGAAGAAAUCAGCAAUCCCUCUCUCCCUAAUCGGUUUGAGCAGGAAGACCCGUUAAAGUUCCCUGGACUGAGAAGUGACAUAGAUGCCAUUGAACGCCAUUUCUUCAGUGGUAUGAAGAGCUUCUUCGAUGCAGCUGAGGAUAUGGCAAACGAUAUGUUCGAUGUAUACAGAGAUCUGUCCUCUCAUCCUUCCACAAGCCGAGGGGCGCCCUUUGAAGACGGCCGUCAGAGAGACUCAUACGAAAACGACGACGAUAAUGCCCCUACACGGCAUGAGUCUGGGCACGUCGAUCUCUCGAGCUUGACCAGGGAAGUUUGAGAACGGCUUCUUCUUUUUUGCAUCAUCUCUGUUCUUACAUGUUUUUGUUGCCUGAGCCUUAGCAAUAGCAGCCCAUGCACGUCUUUGUGGCUUGAUCGUCGAAAAUCGAAACUGAUUUUUUUCAGAGGUUUAUGCACGUCGUUUGACAGUGAUAAUAAAAAAGGGAAAACAUCUUCAUAAUCA